AUUGUAAUGCCGUGAUGUACUUGUAACUCGAAUUAACUCGAACUAAGGCGACUCUAUAGUAUCUGAACUUCCAUGACCGUGGCAACACAAUAAAGAACAUUGCAUUUAAAUAUUCAUCCUGAAUAACAAAAUUUAAUAAAUUCAUAUUUUUAUGCAUUAACAAUAUUAUAUUUUGCAAUAAUUUUAUAUCUGUGAAAUUUGAAUAUUAUAUUUCGAAAUAAAUUAAUUUCCGGUAAAAAUGCACCAAGAAAACGAAUUGGGUUCGAGUAGUGAGAUGAACAAAUUCGAGUCUUCUGUGCGUGAAUUAAGGAAGAAAACUUUUGUGUCCGUGGCCGACAUUGCUAGCUAUGGAGAGAGCGAAGUGACAGAAGAGUAUAAAAAAGCUUACAAGCGAUCCCUCGACGACCCUGAAGGUUUUUGGGGGGAGGUGGGACAAGAAUUAGAAUGGACGAAGCCCUGGGAUCGCGUCUUGGACAAUAAAAAUCCUCCUUUCACAAAAUGGUGGGUAGGAGGCGAGAUGUCAGUGUGCCAUAAUGCAGUAGACCGUCACGUGACGAGUGGUCGCGGUGACAAUGUAGCGCUGGUACACGAUUCCCCUCUCACUGACACUGUGAAGAAGAUCACGUAUACAGAACUCCAGGAUCAGGUAUCUCGCAUAGCUGGCAAAUUGGCGUCUCUCGGAGUUACUCGAGGUUCUCGGGUACUUAUCUACAUGCCUUUAAUACCAGAAGCCAUUAUUGCAAUGCUGGCUACUAAUAGGUUAGGCGCCAUACACUCCGUUGUCUUUGGAGGUUUCGCUGCACGGGAAUUAAUGACAAGAAUCGAACAUGCUGAACCCACAGUAAUAAUCGCUGCAAGCUGCGGUGUUGAGCCAAAUAAAAUUGUUAGGUAUAAAGAUAUUUUAGACGAAGCUCUAUGCCAGAGCUCCCACCAACCGCGAUGCUGUAUUAUUUAUCAACGUAGGCGUGUACUUGAGUGUACAUUAGAACCGGGAAGAGACAUCUCCUGGCAGGAAGCGCUAGAAAAUGAGCCAGUACCCUGCAUUUCCAUUGAAGCUAAUGAACCGCUGUACAUUUUGUAUACAUCUGGUACAACAGCUGACCCAAAAGGUAUCCAACGACCAUGUGGUCAUGCCGCUGUACUUUGCUGGACAAUGCAUGCGAUAUAUGGAUUAAAUCGUGGUGUUUGGUGGGCAGCGUCUGAUCUAGGAUGGGUUGUUGGCCAUUCGUAUAUAUGCUAUGGACCCUUAUUGGCCGGUCUUACUUCUGUGUUAUACGAAGGCAAGCCCGAUAGAACUCCGGACCCUGGGCAGUAUUUCAGGAUUAUCGAGCAACAUCGAGUGAAUGCCUUAUUUACAAUACCGACAGCAUUUCGUGUACUGAAACGAGUGGAUCCAGCUGCUAAGUUUGCCAGAAGAUAUUGUGGAAAAUCACUGAAGAGUGUGUUUGUUGCUGGUGAACAUUGUGACCAAGAUACUCGGCAAUGGGCUGAAAAAGUAUUUGGAGUUCCGAUACUAAAUCACUGGUGGCAGACUGAGACAGGUUCAGCUAUCACUGCUGCAUGUACUGGUUAUGGAGUAAAAGCCGUACCACCACAUUCAGCGGGUUAUCCUGUCCCAGGAUACGAUAUUCGCACACUGAGGGAAGAUGGAGUAGAGUGUGAAGUUGGUGAAGUUGGGAGAUUAGCUGCGAAAUUACCAUUGCCACCAGGAUUUGCUUCCACAUUAUGGCAAGCUGAUGAACGAUUCAAAAAAACAUAUUUUGAGGCUUAUCCGGGCUAUUAUGAUACCCAAGAUGCAGGUUGGGUAAGUGCUGAUGGAGCAGUGUGGGUUGUAGCCCGAGCGGAUGAUGUAAUUAAUGUAGCUGGCCAUCGGCUCUCUACUGCUGCUCUUGAAGAUGUGGUAUUAAAACAUGCGAGGGUAGCUGAUGCUGUGGUUGUUGGAGCCCCAGAUGUUACUAAGGGAGACGUACCCUUAUGUCUUUAUGUUAUGAGACCUCCACAAGAUGAUGAAGAAAUAGUAGCAGAAAGCACCGUAACUCAAGAAUUAAUCGCAUUAGUGCGCCAUCUAAUCGGUCCCAUUGCGGCCUUUAGAAAAGCAGUUGCCGUACCUGCAUUACCUCGCACAAGAUCUGGGAAAGCUCUAAGAGGAGCUAUUGCCAAGUUAGCCAGAUCGCAAUUAGUAAAAUUACCAGCUACCAUUGAAGAUCCCAGUGUAUUUGGGGAAAUAAAAAUUGCAUUGCAAAAAUUUGGUUAUGCUAUUGAUGCACCAGAUCCGGAGUUUUAAAUAUUAUUUUAAAUAUUAAAGCAGAUGUUUUAAUAAGAAUCAGACUAGUUAUGUACUAAUUUAUUAUUAUUAUUAUUAUGUAAGUAGAUACUUACUCAUACCUACCUUGUCUAGCUUUUAUCUUUUAAAUAAACUGUAAAAUAAAAAUAAAACAACUUAUAAAUAUUUAUACCUAUAUAUGUGUGUAUGUAUUAAAAGAUCUAUAAAUAUAUAAAACAUGUUUAACUAGUAGUUUUACAAUAUAAUUGUAUCAUCAAACUACUUAUAAUAGAUCUAAAAAUAAUACCGAUACUGCUAUAAAAAUCUAUCCAUGUUGGCUAGACAAGAAUGUAUGGUUAUAAUAAUAUUUUAUUUGUCUAUUCUCUAUAUUAAAAAAAAUCAUAAAAUAAUAUAAUUAAAUGAAAAUAAUGAUGAAGGUUGUGGUCUUUUUGCCAGAACCUACGAUUACUCUAGUUUCUCAUGUGAUAGUUUAAGACUAACCAAUUGGUGUGAUUAUAUGAUUAUAUGGUAAUAGUGACCUACUUACUAUUUUAGUUUCUUCUUUAGUGUCAGCUAAGUGAGUUUCUUCAUUCUUUAGGAAUAAUUGAAAUGUUUUCCUUAUUUAAUUAUUUGUUAUUUUUUUUUUAAAUAUAUACAUCAAUUUGGUACACUUAUAUGUAAAAACGCUAUUAAAGCUAACGUUUUUUAAAUACUUAUAUGUUAGUCAAUUAACGGGUGUUUAAUCAUGUUCAUUGUAAUAAGAGUAUAAAUAAAGGUAUUUAUAAGCAUUAGGUCAAUUUGCAGUUAACUUUAUACACUUAUAUAAUUUAUUAUCUGUUUUUUACAAUUUAUAAAUAGCUUUUUUUACAAUGUUAAAUUAGCCUUUGCUGAAUAGGUGGGUAGUCAUUAAUACUCUUUUACAGUUUGUGAUAUAAUGUCGGUAGUCACAAGCAGUAAUAUAGAGUGAGCGGUAUUUAAAUUUUUAUAUUAUAUAAUAAACACAAUUGAGAGGCAUAGUAAUCAAUAUAUAUAAAACAAGCCAAUGAAUCAGAUCAGAACUUAAGCACUUAUGUUAGCCAGUUAUUCUUUAAGACUUAAUUAGGUUGAAAAUAUUGAAUAACUUCUGCAUUCAAUGUUUGUAAUGAGCGGUAGUAAACGAGUAGGUAUAAUAUUUUUAAAGCAUUUUUAACUUUUUAUUGUAUCACGUGCUUUGCAGAUAUUAAAGAAUACCCCAAAAUAUAUAAGGACUUAUUAAAUUAAAGUGACAUUUAUACGGAUAUAAAUAAAGGUGAAAUGACUUUUACCGCCUUAUGUAUAUUGAUAAUAAAUAUAUCAAUGAGAUUUUGUAAUUGAAUUCAAUAUCUGUAAGUCGAACCAAAUAUUUGUACCUUUAGUUAGAUCAUAUUAUGGCUGUCAUAACAUAUUAAAGCUGACUGUAGAUAAAUACCUACCAAGGUACAUACAUAAAUUGGGUGUAAGCCAUCAUACAAUAAUAAUAAAAUAAAAUAUUUUACUUAUGGAUGGGUAGGUAUUUUAUCGUAUUGGUCUUUUUUUUUAGCUGUAUCAUAACGUUAGAUUAUAAUGUAUAUUAUUAUUUAUUUCAUAAUGAAUAAAAUAUUUUGAAAAAACAGCAAUGUGUAAUAUGUAAUAAAAUUCUAUAAUUACAUUCA